AUGUCUACCAAGAUACCUGUUGAUCCUCUGAUCGCAAUCGUGGGUGCCACAGGGACUGGUAAAUCCAAGCUUGCCAUCGAGCUAGCGCAGCGCUUCAAUGGCGAGAUCAUCAAUGGAGAUGCUAUGCAGAUGUACAAGGGCCUACCAAUCAUUACAAAUAAGGUCUCCGAAGCCGAGAAGCAGAACAUACCACACCACAUCUUCGACCAGAUAGGUCUAGAAGACCAGCCAUGGACCGUCAGCAACUUUCGAAGAGAGGCACACAAGGCAAUCGGCGAGAUCAGGUCAAGAGGCAGAUUGCCCAUUUUGGUUGGAGGAACGCACUACUACACUAAAGCUGUUUUGUUCAACGAUUACCUGCUAACCGGCGAGGGUGCAUCUUCUGGGAGUGAAGAUGAUUCGAGGGAGAGAUUUCCCAUCCUCGAAGCGCCCACAACCGAGAUAUUGGCAAAGCUGCGUGAAGUGGACCCCAAAAUCGCAAGCAGAUGGCACCCGCUGGAUCGCAGGAAGAUUCGGCGGUCUUUAGAGAUCUGGCUCCAGACCGGCAAGACCGCAUCUCAGACCUAUGAGGAGCAAAGCCAGCGGAGACUGAGCAUGCGAGCGUGCGGACCUAGUGAUGGUAAUGACUCCUGUCUAAAGUACUCGUCCUUAAUCUUCUGGCUACGCGCGAAGGACGAUGUCCUGAAAAGAAGGCUCAACAAUCGAGUCGACGCCAUGCUAGAAUGCGGGCUAAUCCAAGAAGCACAAGCCAUCUCUCAAGCCGAGCGUUCGCUGAACGCAGCCGGGAUUCAGAUCAACAAGGCCAAAGGUAUCUGGGCCUCAAUCGGCUACAAAGAGACCGAACCCUACAUCUCCGCUCUCGCCGACACCUCCAAAACCCUAGGCGAGCUCGAAGCUAUAAAAGCAACCUGCAUUGAAGCCGCCAAAGGCGCAACCCGUCGCUACGCUCGCCGCCAGGAGCGAUGGAUCCGGACCCACUUCUCCGACGCUCUAACCGAAUCCGACGCCAUGGACACACUCUAUCCGAUCGACUGCACCAACCCCGAUGAAUGGGACACCAACGUGAACCAACCGGUCACGGACAUAACAGAGAGCUUCCUGGCCGGCAACCCCCGGCCUACACCAGAGUCGCUCUCAGAUAUGGCUAGGGAGGCGAUCUCAGCGAUCAAGGCGGAAUUGGAGCAUGGCAAUGUACGCGAAUGCAGGUACUGUGAGGUCUGUGAUAAGACGCUGAUGACGGAGAAGGAGUGGACGGCUCAUCUGAGGAGUAAUACGCAUAAGAAAGCUUUGGCUGGGAGGAAGAGAUGGGAGGCUUUCAAGGCGUGGCAGGCUCGUCAAGGAGCUGCAGAGGAACAUAGGAAAAAUGAUGAAUAA